CAUUUUCCAUCUGUUCGAUGAAAUGCCAACACCGUCCUCCACAGUCGGCUAUCCAAUCCAAGCUCGCGAUGAUACCACAGAGGAUAAGGAGACAUGUAUCCUCUAAUCGAAAGACUAUAUGAACCUCUCGGUAUAUGCUUCCAGCAUCUCGUCUUAUUCUCUCUCCACCUUCAAAACUCACGAGACAACAAAGCCGACAUCACUCUCUCUCUCUACAAGCAAAACUACUCACAGACCUUCCCUUUUCUCUGUGUUGGCUAGCUAUGGCUAACACCACUACAAUACCCAUCUCCUUUCUUCCCCAUAACAACACUCUUCUUUCCUCUUUCACCUCCAAAACUCUUCGUUUUUCUUUUUUUAACUCUACCCACUUCAGCAAAUCUCCUUCUUCUUCUCCUCCUUUACUCUCCUUCCCUUCCUCUUCCCAGCAACCGUCGUGGUCUUGUUUCUCAGUCGCCCGCGUUUCUACCGUUCCUGUAGAGUACGCCCCGCCAGCUCCCGAUGAUCAUUUCCACCAAGAAAUUUCCCGACUUAAGUCUCUCCUCUCGAAGCUCGCCGGCUCGGAAUCUCUGCACCAUAAGCUCGUAGUACUUGAUGCUGAUUCUCGGGUAAAACAUUUCUUCAAUUCGCAUACAAAUGGGGUCUGUAAGGCUUUGGCUUUGCUUAAUUUGGGUUCGAGAGAGUUGUUUUUGCUUAAGUGUUUAGUGGCGGCUGGGCAAGAGCAUGUGCUUAGUUUGGGGAUUGAAUUGGUGGAGAAUGAGGUGGAGUCUGCGAGGAAUUCGGUGAAGAGUGCGCUUUAUGCGUUGGCGGAGAUGAUUGGGAGGUUUGAUUUCAGUGAGAAUGGAGAGUAUAGUUUAAGGAAGAGUGAUACUGGGUUGUAUUUGAACGAAGAGGAUAUCGGGGACUUGAGAAAGUUGUUGAAGACUUUAGGAGAGAUUGAACAGUUCUAUGAUUGCAUUGGAGGUAUCAUUGGAUAUCAGAUAAUGGUACUGGAGCUUCUUGCCCAGUCAACUUCUGAAAAGCAAACCACGAAUUGGUCACAUCACAUUCAAGAAUCAAUGGAAUGCCAGUUUUUGGAAAUUCAUGCCCCUAAUGUAGUUGACCUUUCAAAAAAUACAGAGUAUGCGUCUCAAGCAGCUCUAUGGGGAAUUGAGGGUUUGCCAGACCUUGGAGAAAUUUAUCCUCUGGGUGGUUCUGCAGACCGGCUUGGUUUGGUUGAUCCAGACACAGGUGAGUGUCUUCCUGCUGCAAUGCUUCCUUAUUGUGGACGGACUUUAUUGGAAGGCCUUAUAAGAGAUCUUCAGGCUAGGGAGUUCUUGUACUACAAGCUGUAUGGAAAACAAUGCAUCACCCCUGUUGCAAUCAUGACAAGUUCAGCUAAGAAUAACCAUGAGCGUAUCACUUAUCUUUGUGAAAGGCUCAGCUGGUUUGGAAGAGGUCGAUCCAAUUUCCAACUCUUUGAGCAGCCUCUUGUUCCUGCUGUUGGUGCAGAAGAUGGGCAAUGGUUGAUAACAAAACCAUUCACACCUAUUUCAAAGCCAGGUGGACAUGGCGUCAUUUGGAAACUAGCUUAUGAUAAGGGAAUCUUCGAGUGGUUUUAUGAUCAUGGAAGAAAAGGUGCAACUGUACGACAAGUCAGUAAUGUUGUGGCUGCUACAGACUUGACCCUUUUGGCAUUGGCAGGGAUUGGUUUACGCCGUGGAAAGAAAUUAGGCUUUGCAUCUUGCAAGCGUAACUCAGGGGCUGCAGAAGGAAUCAAUGUCCUUAUCGAGAAGAAGACUGUUGAUGGAAAGUGGGCUUAUGGUCUGUCAUGCAUUGAGUACACAGAGUUUGAUAAGUUUGGAAUCACAAGUGGGCCUUGUUAUUCUAAAAGUUUGCAGGCAGAGUUUCCUACCAAUACAAACAUUCUCUAUGUGGAUUUGUCUUCAGUGGAGUCAAUUGCAUCAAGUGAUGGUGUAAAAAGUUUACCUGGCCUGAUAUUGAAUACAAAGAAGCCGAUUGCAUACAAGGACCAUUUUGGGAACUGUCAUAGUGUCUCUGGUGGCCGGCUGGAAUGCACAAUGCAAAAUAUUGCAGACAAUUUUUUAAAUACUUUUUUGUCCAGAUGCUACCAGGGUGUAGAAGAUAAGCUAGAUACCUUUAUUGUGUAUAACGAACGAAGAAGGGUCACGUCAUCUGCUAAGAGGAAGAGAAAACAUGCAGACAAAUACUUGCACCAGACUCCUGACGGUGCACUGUUGGAUAUCUUACGGAAUGCCUAUGAUCUUCUUUCCCUUUGCGAUAUUGAACUUGCAAAGGUUGAAGGUAAUGACAGAUAUGUUAAUUCUGGACCACCAUUUAUAAUUUUUCUGCAUCCUUCUCUUGGCCCACUUUGGGAGGUCACAAGGCAAAAGUUUUGUGGAGGAUCGAUUUCCAAGGGCUCUGAGCUACAACUUGAGGUGGUGGAGUUCUUGUGGAGGAAUGUUGAGCUCGAUGGGAGCUUAAUUGUUAUUGCUGCAAAUGCAAUGGGCUCAACCAGGAUUGAUGCAAAUGGUGAGACAAUAUUGCAGUAUGGACACAGGUGUGGAAGAUGUAGACUGCAAAAUGUCAAAGUUCUCAAUAAAGGGAUUGACUGGAGUUGUGGCGAAAAUGUGUACUGGAAACAUAGCGUACAACGAUUUGAGGCAUUUAAAGUUAUUCUGCAUGGGAAUGCAGAAUUUGAGGCCAACAAUGUUAUCCUAGAGGGUAAUCAUGUAUUUGAAGUUCCUGAUGGCUACAAAAUGAAGAUCAUAUCAGGAUAUUCAGGCUUGGAAGUCCAGGUCAACCCCAUAGAACCAAAUAUGAUGGAAACUGGAAGCUGGUUUUGGAACUACAAGAUAAAUGGCACACACAUUCUUUUGGAAUUGGUAGAGUUGUAAAUAUUAGAAUUUCUGUAAUAUCGCUCUGUGAAUCUUCGUUCACAAAUCAAACUCGGAGCGCAUCUUCACAUCAUGAUUGGUUGUAACAUAAGUUAAACCAUCUGAAAUCUAGUAGUAAUAUGUCUUAAGUUAGAGCCUUGUAAGACCUGUAUGGUCCUGGUUAGCUGUUUUAAUAUUUCCUUUUCUUGCUGGAGCUGUGUAAAUCCAGUGUGGAAACAGUGUAAAAUUCUGAAGCAAUAAAAAUUACGCAAUUUCUUUUUA